UGGGAUAAGAGAGGGACCGCGGCGGGGACCGAGGGAAGGAGGUGGAGCCUGUCCCAGCCUGCAUCUGGCCCUCUCCCCUCUCUGUCACCCCGGGCCAAACCCGCCCAGCUCCUCUCACUCGCUCUCCGGCUGUCCUCCCGCACGGCUCGGCCCGGACACACACACCCACACCCACCCACGCAGGCAGGCAGGCAGGCAGGCAGGCAGGCAAGGCUCACACGCACCGAGAGGACUCGGAAUGGACACGGAAGGGAGCCAGAGCAGCCUGUCCGCCGCGGACUCCCCUCACGACCCAUGCAAAAUGUUCAUAGGUGGACUCAGCUGGCAAACGACACAAGAGGGCCUGAAGGAGUAUUUCUGCAAGUACGGCGAGGUGAAAGAGUGUAUGGUGAUGCGAGAUCCGGUUACUAAGCGCUCGAGGGGUUUCGGAUUUGUCACCUUCGUCGAUCAGGCCGGCGUGGACAAAGUUUUGGCCCAAAGCAGACACGAGCUGGACUCCAAAACAAUCGAUCCUAAGGUGGCGUUCCCUCGGAGAGCUCAGCCCAAGCUGGUGACUCGAACCAAGAAGAUCUUUGUGGGCGGACUGUCAGUGAACACAACCAUCGAAGACGUGAAGCAAUACUUUGAUCAGUUUGGCAAGGUUGACGACGCCAUGCUCAUGUUUGACAAGACCACAAACAGGCACAGAGGGUUCGGAUUCGUGACAUUCGAGAACGAGGAUGUGGUCGAGAAGGUCUGCGAGAUCCACUUCCACGAGAUCAACAACAAAAUGGUGGAGUGUAAGAAAGCUCAGCCGAAGGAGGUGAUGUCUCCCACCGGCUCGGCCAGGGGGCGCUCUCGGGUGAUGCCCUACGGGAUGGACGCCUUCAUGCUAGGGAUCGGUAUGCUUGGUUAUCCCGGCUUCCAGACGGCCACUUACACCAGCCGGAGCUACGCGGGCAUCACUCCUGGAUACACCUAUCAGUUCCCUGAGUUCCACUUAGAGAGGACUCCCCUUCUGACUUCACCCCACCCCCCUGAGCUCACAGCUAUUCCUCUCACAGCGUACGGACCAAUGGCGGCAGCGGCAGCGGCAGCAGUCGUUAGAGGUUCCACCCCUUCUCGCUCCGCAGGAUUUUUAGGAACGAGCAGCCCAGGUCCGAUGGCCGACCUCUACGGGACGGCCAGUCAGGAGUCGGCUGUCAGCAGCUACCUCAGCGCUGCGAGCCCGGCCCCGAGCACCGGCUUCAGCCACAGUUUGGGGGGCCCUCUGAUUGCCACCGCCUUCACUAACGGCUAUCACUGAGUUGCAGAGCCGCAGACUGACAGCUGGACGGAGUUGAAGCUACGUCGGAGCUGAUCUGGUCCGUCUCUGUCCGGUCCGCGUCUUCUCUGCUGCGUUCGGGCGGCAGGACAUUCGCCCCAACUUGCCUGGUGCCAGCCGCAUCCUGCCCACCUUACUGACACCUCACUAAACUCCACCUUUUUGCAAAUGAAGCAAACUUAAAAAAAAAAAGAAGAGAAGAAGAAACGUAUCACUACAUGUUAUAGCAACACAUUCGAAUGCUGUAUUUUUGUUGUUUUUGUCAUGCUGUUUUUCUGUUUUAGCGGUAUUUUAUUUAGCUAUUUGUCCUCUCCAAAAAGUGAUCUCUCUGAGAGAAGGCUUGCUAGGUCUCCAACAUGCUUAUUUUGAAGCUGUAAAAUGACUGUACAUUUCUCUACACUGAAUGUCAACACAUAAUACGAAUUUUUGAAACAACACCUGGAAUUGUAAAUCUUGGUAGGUUUUAACCAUGAGUUGUUACACUAAAUACCGUCGAGCAGCGUGGACAGACUUAUUGGGCCCCAGUAAAAGUAUUUAAAAAGCUUUAAAUUAUAGUCACCUUUUAUUGCAGCGGUAUCAUCUCACACUGAAGAACGUAGAAAAAUCCAACUUGUAAUUUGAGGACAUCUAUUUGUUGGGUAGGGGAAAAAAAGGGCGUCCACCAAACAAACAAUCAGGUGCAUGUCGAUCGCGUCUAGAAGCAGCUGAAGUUUUAUAAAUAUAUGUAAACGAAUGCAGGUUUCAGCGAGUUGUAAUUUUUAUUUCAUGGAAUAAUUACAUUUGAUUCCCUCAGCAGAAUGACUUUGAAAGUCGUACUUAUUUUCAUUCAGAUUUAUUUUUCUUAUUGUUGAGCUGGAAACUGUAAAUAUCAACAUUCCAUAUAAGAAAAUGUAGCCAUUAUCUUAUUUGACAAAGUUUGAUGGUUUCUCUUUAGAAAUGAAUACACAUUUUCUUUAGUAGAUAUUUAUCAAAAGUGUUUCUUAAUACAGGUCAGGUAAUAUCUAAACCCGAUGUAUUCCUGGUCUAGUGGUUUGUAUGGAGACUUAGUGAUGCCAAGAUGCUCUGAAUUUUAGUCUUGUACUUUUUCUCGUCUGUUUUUCCUGACUCAUAUCGCCGCACGUCCGCCCUUGUCCAACUGUGCUUUAUCUUUUGUCUUUUCCAUUUUGAAGAGUGGCAUAGAGGGACAAAACUCUGUCACAAAAUAUUUACAAAAACAAUCAACUUUUCAAAAAACAUUCAAUCUCCAUUCAACAUUUUUCGGAUACAUUUAUUAAAUGGCAUUUUCAGAUAUAGCAGUAAUUAUGUUUCCGUCAGUUUCAUUCAAAACAUUCUUUGUUUUUGGAUUUUUCUCUGUUCUUCAGUGUGAGAAUAUGUUUCUGCCGCAACAGACGAAUUUAUUUUAAGGAUUUCUACACAUUUUUACCUGGGUUGCCAAAAACAUGGCUACAUCUGUACUUCCUUUAGCCUUCAGGAACUGUAAUAUUUUGUAAAAUAUUGUAAAUACGACUAAUUUCGGGGCGGCAGGGCUCUGCUGACUUUAGUGUCCGGGAGGUUGGAGGCUUUUUGGAGAAAGUGUGUGUGUGCGUAUGGGGGUGGGGGGGAAUCUUACCGCCUGGAGGUCAAGAACAUUUCAGUUCUUCUGUCAACGUGAGAUCAUGCCACUACGCGGCGUUUCUCUCCAGACAUCUGUAAAAUCGCGUGUCAGGUCGACGACAACUUCCUUUUAGAGGAGGCGCUUUUACUUUUGAGUUCAGCAGGAAAAGAGGCCGAGUCUGGAACAACACCUUCCCGCUUUUGGGAGGCGAGGGCGUGAAAACGCUCCUCUGUCAGGAAACGCGUUGUUUUCUUACGUUAUCAUGUUGUUUUACCUGAUUUUUAAUAUCCAAUGAUUUGUUUUGUGAAGGAAAAUGAAGGACUUUGCAUGCAGGAGCUGUCGUGAGUCGGGGACCGCUCCGUGAUUUUCAUGUGAAUGUGUCAUGUGGUUUGAUACACAUUGGUCUCCAGUGUGCCAUGUGCUGUAUUUCUUGGGGGGCAUUUGCAAAAUGUGAAAUAUUAAUCUGAUUUUCUUUUUUUUUUAUUAUUAUUAUUAUCAUUAGUAGUAGUACAUUAACAUCUAUAUCAAGGUGCGGCUAGUGAACCGCACCUUCCAGCACUGCAUAUCCACUGGAGGUCACAGUCUGUAGCAACGUGACAUCUUUUCUUUUUCCUUUUUUUUUUUUUCUUUGGUAGACCAAAACGAGAGCUACUAGGACGCUGCACUGGCCGUUCACUAUAAACUUAAGUUUUCCUUUAAAUGUUAGCUGGAGAAGAAGACAAAAAAGAGCACUCUUGAUCUACAAAAUAACCAGGUUUUACAUUUUCAUACACUCGCUGUACCUGCUGCGGAAAUUUAGAAUGUUUCACUGAAAAAAAAACAAAAAAACUUUCUUGUCAACACUGUAACUUUUUCUGAUUUAUUCUUUUUUCCUGUCAUUUUAUUCCUUUUGAGGAAAAAAAAAGAACUUUUUAAAAUUCCUAAUAAAUUAUUUUAAAACAUUCCA